AUGCGUGGAAUUGCCAGUGUACGGACGAGCGCGUCUUUUGCGUUUGUUCUGAUCACGGUCGCAGUAUCAGCGCAUACCUUUUCCGGCUUUUCCGCGCGAGGGCGUGAACUUCUUCUUCCUAGCUUUCUCGCUGGCGAUGAGGAGGUUUGUUCGGUGGGAAGAACGUCGUUGAGUAAAAGCCUGGAUGGUGGAGAAUACGCUGAAGCAGAAACACCCGGCGUAGAAGCAAUUCAACGUGCAGCACCAGAUAUCGAAACAAGCGGUGCAGUUUUAUCCGAGGAAGAAGCGCGCUUCGUAAAGUCGUCAGCCAAGAAAUACAUCGUUCGGUUUACGUCGUACAAGAUGCAAAAUGAGCACAAGAAAACGCUCGAACGAAUACUAGGAAAGAAGAGUGGAUCCUCAGUCACUCUUGCGGAUGAUGAGAUUGACGAUACGCUCACGAGUAACGUUAGGCCAGUUGAGCACACGAUAUUAGAUCGUAAGAAUAGAGCGGAAGCAUUUCCCACAGAUUUUGCACUCGUCACUUCCAGGAACGAGGCGGCGCUUAUAGCUUCGCUAGCGGAACCGCUCGCGCGUACACUCGGCGUGAAGGAUUUCUUUGUCGACGCUCGUUUGACGCGUUUUCCAAAGUCAAAAGAAAGCACAAGCAGUGAUAGAAGUAGUGAUAGUGAUGAAGGAACCCACGGCGAUGACGACGACGACGACGACAACGACGACGGCGUUGAAGAAGAUAACAUACAUAGCAGCACGUUUAGAAGAAAAGGUCGACGUUUGAGAAAUCGGCUACAUGCUCGAAAUGGCAGAGGUCAACCGAUUUCAAGCGCUUUCAACGCGGAGUCGUUGUGGAGACAAGGAUUCAAGGGGCAGCGCGUCAAGGUGGGUAUUUUUGACACGGGCGUGGACUCUGAACACUCGCACUUCAAAGGCCGAGUGAAAGAUCGAUCAAACUGGACGCACGAAAAUACACUCGCCGAUGGACUUGGCCACGGCACAUUUGUUGCGGGAGUGAUUGCUUCGACAUUUCCACAAUGUUCCGGUUUUGCCCCCGAAGCUGAUAUUCACACGUUCCGAGUGUUUACAAAUGAUCAAGUAUCGUACACUUCGUGGUUCCUUGACGCGUUCAAUUACGCCAUCGCAACUGAAAUGCACGUGAUUAACUUAUCCAUCGGUGGACCGGAUUACUUGGAUUUACCGUUUGUCGAGAAAGUAAACGAAAUCACCGCAAAUGGUAUCAUCAUGGUCUCUGCGAUAGGGAACGAUGGUCCAUUGUAUGGCACUCUCAAUAAUCCUGCGGAUAUGAUGGAUGUUAUUGGAGUAGGUGGUGUCAACUAUGAAAGGCGUAUCGCGCCGUUUUCAUCUCGAGGUAUGUCCACGUGGGAUUUGCCGGAAGGCUACGGAAGAGUGAAACCAGAUAUUGUCGCCUUUGGUCAAGAUGUAUUCGGUAGUAGAAUAUCCGGUGGUUGUCGCUCUCUGUCGGGCACGUCGGUUGCAUCACCUGUAGUUGCUGGAGCUGUAACUUUAUUAGCUUCUGUCGUUCCAGAACGAGAAAGAUGGUUGAAAUUAAACCCAGCGUCAAUGAAGCAAGCUUUAGUUGAAGGCGCAGUCCGACUUCCGGAAAUUCCCAUGUACGAGCAAGGUGCUGGAUUAUUAAACUUGGAAAGUUCAGCCAAAAUAUUAAAAGAAUACGUCCCUCGAGCCUCUUUGAUUCCAGGUAACAUUGAUCUCACGGAAUGUAAGUACGCUUGGCCGCACUGCAGACAGCCAAUCUAUCAUUCCAUGAUGCCACUUAUUUUUAAUGCCACUAUCGUGAACGGUAUGGGUGUUCGCGGAUCUUUAGACGCAGAACCUAAGUUCAGUCCAUCGUCUCACGAUCUGGGACAACAUUUGGACGUUCGGUUCGCAUUUUCAGAGACACUUUGGCCGUGGAGCGGCUAUUUGGCAGUUUACGUGAGAGUGAAGGAAAGUGGCAAGCAGUCGCAAGGCAAAGCAUCGGGGACAAUUUCGUUCACAGUUGUAUCCCCACCCGCAAUGGGACAUGACGGUAUUUUUGAGACAGAAAUACGCUCUUCUACCGUUGUUGUGCCGAUUAUAGUCAAGAUCAUUCCGACGCCGGCGAGAGAAAAGCGCAUCCUCUGGGACCAGUUUCAUAACGUCAGAUACCCACCAGGAUACGUACCGCGGGAUAAUUUAGACGUCAAAUCGGACGUGUUGGAUUGGCACGGUGAUCAUCCACAUACUAAUUAUCACGCUAUGUAUGACUCGUUACUUGAUAACGGAUAUUUCUUAGAGGUUUUGACUGGUCCUUUUACAUGUUUUGAUGCCACCCUUUACGCGUCGAUACUGAUUGUUGACGCCGAAGAGGAAUACUCAAAGGAAGAGCGCAAGAAGUUAUCAAACGAUGUGCGGACUUUAGGAUUAGGAUUGAUUGUUUUUGGUGAAUGGUAUAACGUGAAAACCAUGCACACGAUGCGUUUCUUCGAUGACAAUACGCACGAGUGGUGGACACCCGUUACCGGUGGCGCAAACGUACCGGCGCUGAACGAUCUGCUCGGUGACUUUGGGUUUAGUUUCGGUGACCGUAUCAUAGAAGGCAUUGCACGGAUCGGAAGAGAUAAUGUACGAAUAUCCUCUGGUACCAACGUUAUGAGCGCUCCGAAAGGAGCCUUCGUGCAUUCUGCAUCGAUGGUUGAUAAAGCCGUAGACGCGGCUGCGGAACAGAAGACUACGCAUACCCAACGGACACCUCCUCGACGUGGAGUAGCAGCAGACUACGCAGUCUGUGCUCUAUCGGAUGUAGGUAGUGGUCGUGUUUUUGUAUUCGGUGAUUCAAAUUGUUUGGAUUCGAGUCACAUGGUUGCCAACUGCUUUAACUUCCUUCUCUCGGCGGUAAAGUAUGUGUCGGAUACGGAGAAACAGAAGGAUUCGUGCCCGGAGCCUCUUUGUCCCGCGGGAGCUGAAUUGCAUACCGCUAUGACCGGAAUUGGGCACGCUCCAGAGAGACGAACGGAUGUCGCAUUCAAAGAAUUCUCCGCUACACUUGGUGGAAAACCCGGAAAUAUUGGAACGACGAAGUGCUCUCCGUCCUCGCCUUUAAAUUUUCACGACGCGAAAUCCUCUUACACCACGCCGAGCUGGAUGCCGACGUACAAAAAGUCGUCUUUAUCGUCCUGGUCGUCGUUGCUUUCCAGUAAGAUAUCUGACAAAAUUGAUAGCAUGAGUGUUAGUAGCAACGAUGGUAGUACUAGUGGUAGUAGAGUUAGCAGUAAUAGUAAUAGAUUUGCGGGAUUGAAUCUUCAGAACAACCAAAACGACGAGGAGAAGAUUAGGGGUUUGAGCGUCGACCAGCCGGCGGUUGUUUCGUCGUCGUCGUCAUCAUCCUCGUUACGUCGAAGCGAACAACAUCACAUGCGUGAUGAAACCUGGGUUAUGGGUGGUAUCGGUGCACUUCUGGGGGUGUUUUGCAUUCGAAUAUUCCGAGUCAGGAAGCGUCGCAGGCGCUUGAGAGGCAAGUAG